AUGAGAGAACAGGGACUAACCACAUCCUUCCUGGUUCCUCACCUUCCUACCUCCCACCCAUCCAUCAUACCAUAUCCUCCCACUGUGCCCAGUAGGGACAUAUUGACCAAAUUAUCCAACCCAUGGAUUCGGGUAGACACAAGGUAUCCACAUGAAAUGGAGGCCUACCUGCAUGAAGUUAACACGUUCUUAGUUACCCAAAGUUCAAGGUUAAUAAAACACUGUUAUAUAACUCAGAUCAUCUCUGCCACCAAGACACACACACACGAUGAAGGCGCCAUUUGGACAUCAGCACUAUCCACACCCAUUCCGGUCAGGAAAAUCGAUCAGGUAUUUGAGACCUUGUUUACAGUCCCCAAGGUUGAUACCACAGCUCGAAUAGGGGAUACAGUGCUGGUUGCUAUGCCUCGAAUAUAA